ACUCCGCCCAGCGAGGGCUCCGGCGUCCGCGGCCGCGCAUGUAGGGUUCGGGGCCCGCGGACGUUCUACGACGAACGCUCACGAGAGGGCGCCGUAACACCCCGCACCGGGUGCCCGGGAGCUUGCUGUUGAACGUCACGUCGAGGGCUGGGGACGAGCACCCCAUCAUCCCCUUGCCUCUGGGGCAACGCCAUACCUAGGGCUCAGGAAUGCUCCGUGACGCCGCACGCCGAGGGCUGGGGAGCGGGCUACUCCACACCCAUUGCUCUGGGGUGGCCCAGUGAGGGGUGCAGGACGACUCGGGGACAUCGCCAGUGAGGGCUAGGAGUGCGCGGGGACGUGUUCCCGAGUGGGGUCCGGACUUUCCGUGUGCUUGAGGGUGUGAUAGCCAGGAGCAUCUCUGCACAGUGAGGAUCGAGGAUUGGGUUACCCUCAUCCAGGCAGGGGUGAGGGGCACGGGGAGUCACUAGGACAUAAGACGUGAUCGGGGACACGUUCCCAAGUCGGUUGGGACUCCUCCACGUCAGUCCUCCGUCCUCGCGCCCUAUAGUGACCGCACCCCGGGCACUGACAGAUCCGCUCAGCUGGCACCAUCGGUGCAGGAAAUACAGCGUGGGGACAAGGAACGGAGACGGACCUGCGCCGGAAGUGAGGUCCUUAACGCCAGCGGAUGCUGUUAUGGCUCACAUCACCAUUAAUCAGUACCUCCAGCAGGUGUAUGAGGCCAUUGAUACCAGAGAUGGAGCGUCCUGUGCAGAGCUGGUGUCUUUCAAGCACCCUCAUGUUGCGAACCCACGGCUCCAGAUGGCCUCUCCGGAAGAGAAAUGCCAGCAAGUUCUGGAGCCCCCAUAUGACGAAAUGUUUGCAGCUCACUUAAGGUGUACCUACGCUGUGGGGAAUCACGACUUCAUAGAGGCCUACAAGUGCCAGACUGUGAUAGUCCAGUCAUUCCUGCGGGCAUUCCAGGCUCACAAAGAAGAGAACUGGGCUCUGCCUGUCAUGUAUGCAGUAGCACUUGACCUUCGGAUAUUUGCCAAUAAUGCAGAUCAGCAGUUGGUGAAGAAAGGGAAGAGUAAAGUUGGGGACAUGCUGGAAAAAGCCGCCGAGCUGCUCAUGAGCUGCUUCCGCGUCUGCGCCAGUGACACCCGUGCUGGCAUAGAGGACUCUAAGAAGUGGGGGAUGCUGUUCCUGGUGAACCAGCUGUUUAAAAUCUACUUUAAGAUCAACAAACUUCACUUGUGUAAACCUCUUAUCAGAGCUAUUGACAGCUCAAACUUGAAAGAUGACUAUAGUACUGCACAGAGGGUCACAUACAAAUACUAUGUUGGGCGUAAGGCCAUGUUUGACAGUGACUUCAAGCAAGCGGAGGAGUACCUGUCAUUUGCCUUUGAGCACUGCCAUCGCUCCAGCCAGAAGAACAAGAGGAUGAUCCUGAUCUACCUGCUGCCCGUGAAGAUGCUGCUUGGUCACAUGCCGACCAUUGAGCUCCUGAGGAAGUACCGCCUCAUGCAGUUCUCAGAAGUGACCAAGGCUGUCAGCGAGGGCAAUCUGCUGCUGCUCAAUGAGGCGCUGGCAAAGCACGAGACUUUCUUCAUACGCUGUGGCAUCUUCCUCAUCCUGGAGAAGCUGAAGAUCAUCACGUACAGGAACCUCUUCAAGAAAGUGUAUUUACUACUCAAAACUCAUCAGCUGUCUCUAGAUGCCUUUCUGGUCGCCUUGAAAUUCAUGCACGUGGAAGAUGUAGACAUUGAUGAAGUCCAGUGCAUUCUGGCCAACUUGAUAUACAUGGGUCACAUUAAAGGCUACAUCUCCCAUCAGCAUCAGAAGCUGGUUGUCAGCAAGCAAAACCCUUUCCCCCCACUGUCCACGGUGUGCUGAUGCCCGGACCCUGCAGAUGGAGGGCGCUCCUGCUGCACCUGUCUGUAGCCCACGAAGUGGUCGCCAGCACGAGUGCCUAGCCAUGUUCUCCAUGGUCCUAACUCGUGCCGGCUUUGCCAAGACCUGGAAUCCUUUUUCUGUGUGGACGAACACCCCUGCUCCUGGCUGCUGCUGUGAACUACCAGGAAGUAGGCAGCUAUGCUUGGGUUUGUGUAUUGUUUAUGGAGGCUGUCUUUGUAACAUUUUGUAGCUUUAUCUUUCCUUUUUUUAAAAGUAAACCAAAUUUAUACAAAA